ACCACCCAUCUAAAUUCCAAAAUAACACCUCUUCCUGUUUCAUCUCAUCCUGAAAUGGCGAUGGCAACACAAGCUUCCCUCUUCACCCCACCCCUCUCUGCUCCCAAGCCCACCGAUCGUGCAUGGAAGCAAGCAGCCGCAGUGUCCUUCAACACCCCGAAGCUGAACCUGAGGUUCCCAAGCGUAAGAGCUUCGGCUGCAGAGGAGAAAGUAGAGGCUGCUGCAGCAGAGAAGGAGAAGGAGGAGGCACCAGUGGGGUUCACCCCACCUGAGCUGGAUCCAAACACGCCAUCCCCAAUAUUCGGAGGAAGCACUGGAGGACUAUUGAGGAAGGCCCAAGUGGAAGAGUUCUACGUCAUAACAUGGGAUUCCCCGAAAGAACAGAUCUUUGAGAUGCCCACAGGUGGCGCCGCGAUAAUGAGGCAGGGUCCAAACCUUCUGAAGCUUGCAAGGAAAGAGCAGUGCCUUGCACUUGGGACAAGGCUUCGGUCAAAGUACAAGAUCAAGUACCAGUUCUACAGGGUGUUCCCCAAUGGCGAGGUCCAAUACUUGCACCCCAAGGAUGGUGUCUACCCUGAGAAAGUCAACCCUGGUCGCCAAGGUGUUGGUCAGAACUUCAGGUCUAUUGGCAAGAACGUUAGCCCCAUUGAGGUCAAGUUCACUGGCAAGCAACCCUAUGAUUUGUAAUUCAGCCUAAUCUCUAUUGUACUUACUUAUUAUAAUCAUAUUAAUCUCUGUACCUUAUGUGUUUACGUA